AGGAAGUCCUUCGGUGUUUUCAUUGCGGCUGUUUUGACAGUCAGCGGUUUGUGCGCAGCAGCUGCGCGCCCUGCCCCGGUCAUCAGCUGCUCCUUCCCCACUGAAACAGCAGACAGUCAACAUGUGAGCAGCCGGAGCUGAAGAGGAGCAAUGCUAACUGCUGUGUGGAUGCUUUUUUAAUUUGUAAAGACAGAGAACAACCUGCGGGGAUGUAAUGCAUGGAUUAUGGGUCGGAUCUGGAUCUGUUGGUGCCAAAUCCUGCUACUGCUGCGUGUUUGCGGGAGUUCUGCGCUGCGUGAAGAGGAAGACGCGUCCUGUGAUGGAGCCUUUGAUGUUUAUUUUGUUUUGGACAGAUCGGGCAGUGUGUGGGGACACUGGAAUGAGAUCUACGGGUUUGUGGAGCAGCUCACCAGCAGGUUUGUCAGCCCCAGGAUGAGGGUCUCCUACAUCGUCUUCUCGGCCCAGGCCGCCGUCAUACUUCCACUAACUGGAGACAGGUCGAAAAUAGACGAGGGUCUGAACAAGCUGAGACAAAUCAAUCCUUCUGGGGAAACCUACAUGCACGAGGGUUUAAACGCGGUGUUAGAACAAAUGAAGAUACAAACGUCUGCAUCAUCCAGCAUUAUUAUUGUGUUGACUGACGGGAAACUUGACAUUUACCCCUACGAACUCAGUGUACAGGAGGCUGAUAAAGCACGAACGUUUGGAGCCAGAGUUUUCUGUGUCGGAGUGAUGGACUUUGACCCCAAGCAGCUGGAGGAUAUCGCGGACGGCACAGAGCAGGUGUUUCCAGUCGUGUCCGGUUUUCACGCCCUCAAAGACAUUGUUAACAAGGUCCUCCAACAGUCGUGCAGUGAAGUGUUCACAAUCGAGCCGUCCAGUGUCUGUGUGAACGAGUCUUUUAACGUGGUCUUGAGGGGCACUGGUUUUAGUGGAUCCAAGAGGGUAGACAACAUCCUGUGCGUCCUUUCUGUCAAUCAAGUACUUUACAAUCAGUUGAAGUGCUGGUCAGCCUGAACAAUGGGAAAUCUUUCAUCUCUGCUCCCAUAUCUAUACACGCCACUACAUGCUCAGAUGGGACCUGGGUGCUGUGGCUGCUGUUGGCUCUGCUGCUUUUACUGGCUCUGGUUUUACUCUGGUGGUUCUGGCCCCUUUGCUGCACUGUGGUCAUCAGAGACCCGCCCCCUUCUCGCCCACCUCCUCCACCUCCAGUCAUUGAGCCAGAGGAAGAGCCUUUGCCCAAACACAAGUGGCCCACAGUGGACGCCUCCUACUAUGGAGGGAGGGGUCCUGGAGGAAUCAAACGCAUGGAG